UCUCGGCCCCGCCGCUCCGCGGCCCCGGCACGAUGGUUCCGCGGGGGGCGGCGACAGCGCGGGGGGAGCGCGGCCCCUUUAAGAGCGGCGCCGCCAUGAUCUGCCUGGUGCUGGGGCUSUUCGCCGGCCUCUUCCACAGCGCCUUCAGYGGGGUCAAUGAACGCACCUUCGUGGCCAUCAAGCCGGACGGCGUCCAGCGGCGCCUGGUCGGGGAGAUCAUCCGGCGCUUCGAGAGGAAGGGGCUGCAGCUGGUGGGGAUGAAGCUGCUGCAGGCCUCGGAGGAGCUGCUGAAGGAGCACUACAUCGCCCUCCGGGACCGUCCCUUCUACGGCCGCCUAGUGAAGUACAUGAGCUCCGGGCCCAUCGUGGCCAUGGUCUGGCAGGGCCUGGAUGUGGUGAAGACAGUUCGCACCAUGAUCGGGGAGACCAAYCCGGCUGAAUCCAAGCCUGGCACCAUCCGAGGGGACUUCUGCGUUGAAGUCAGCAAGAAUGUGAUCCAUGGCAGUGACUCGGUGGAGAGUGCCCAGCAGGAGAUCUCRCUGUGGUUCCGCCCGGAGGAGCUGCCGUGCUGGGAGGACACAGCUGCACACUGGAUCUACGAGUGAGGAGGAAUCCCAAGGGAAGUGCAUCUUCCUGCUGGGGCACAGGACAUUUCCAUCCAUUUCAUGGCAGCUGCUGGGGCUGGCUGCAGAUCCUGCUGUGGGAUUCCUGUUCUGCCUGGGGGAUCCUGAGAGCUGGGCUGUGUGUGGAACUCUGUGGUUCAGCUCCUGCCAAGAGCAGCUGUUUCUUUUUUUUCUCUCUCUGCUCUAGUAGGUAGUUGGUAUUAUUGCUCUGUUUGCUGCAGCAUCUUAAGUCCCUAGUAGCCUGAACUGAUUCACUGAAGUAAAACUUGGCCUUUUGGCCCAUUCCUGGGUGUUCCCAUCCCUGCCUGGAGCAGGAGAAUGGGAGCACUUCUCUCUGCUGUGAGAGAAGUGCUGGUAACUACAAGGUGAUGGGCUUGACAAUUUACCUGCAUUUCUAMAAGGCUUUUCACCAAAAGCUUUUAAAGAAUUGGGCUGCUGUUGGAUAAGGGGGCAAAUUCUCAUUUUAGUUCAGGGACAAGGAAUGAAGGAUGGGACAAUCUUUCCCUUGGGGGAAGCUCUGCGUGCUGGGGCUGGCACAAGUUCACCCAGAUGAGCAAGUCCAUGGAAGGGAGAUUGUCCAAAYGCUGUUAAACGCACAGUUCUGCUGGCUCUGGUUCCUGCUCUGUGGGUGCUGGGAGUGGGAAGCAGCUCCUCCAGGUGCUGAGAGAGGGAACAGCUCCUCCAGGUCUGCUCUGGUUCUCUGGGGCUGCACUGGCUCAACCUGACAGCCUUGGUCCCACACUGUCCCUCCGUGGUGACUGACAUGGAACAGCAGCACUGGGGAACCCGCAGGAAUGGAAGGGGGAGAGGGAGGCAGGGAAGGAUUUAUGGAUCUGAGGCUCGGGAAUGACUGUUUAGAAGAGCAUUUAGUCCUCUCUUGUGCACAACACAGGCUCUGGAGUCCUGACACUGAGCUCGGGGAGAUCCUGAGUUCUUCCUUGUCUGACAGUGGAGCUUUCCUGCUGGGAAAUCGGGAAACCAGUUUGUAAUGGGCUGGACACCACCUGUGAGCUGUCCCUGGGCCACCCAGCUCCUCAGAGCUGUGCUGUGUCUGAGCUCCCUGUGCAGCCUCACCAGARCAUAAGGACAGGGACAGCAACAUGGCAUUGUGCCAUAGAACAGGGACACAGUUAAACUGAGGGAACAAGAUCCCUGGGAUUUUCCCAUGAGUAGGGUGAGUUUUACCUGUGCCCCAAAAGCCUGUCCCUCUGGGUCCUCAGCUUUGUAGGUGUUGGGGAAUGAGGGCAGAGUAAAGUGGUGCCUACUUCUACUCCGGGCUGGCCCCAUGGUGGUGGGGCAGGGGUGGGGGUCUCCCUCCAGUGCUUUCUUCAGUUGCCUCAGCCAGGGCUCCUACUGCCUUGGGGCCUUCUCCAGGCACCUGUGUCCAGCUCUUAAAUAACUGACAGAUCCUAUUUGUUCCUGGAACUUGUCCACUUGGCUGAACUUUGAGUCUGGCUACAGCAGGGCUGCAGGAGAUGCUGGUGAAGCGAAGACCAAGGUGUGAAGUGAGUGGGAGGAAGGUUAAAUUUAUUUUUUAAUAGAUGCAGUGAGAAGAGCUCUUGGCUCCAAGAGCUGCCAGCUGUGACACAGGAAAAUUGUGGAGAAAUACCUGAGAUUCAUCUUCUGCCAUUGCCUCUUYCUCUGCCUCCUGCCUCUUUUCCCUGUCUACAUGGAAAGGAUUUGAGAUGCCCUCCCAGUUUCAAAUAACAGACCUGACUCAUCACAAUCAAAGUCCUCUCCCCUCACUGUGUGUGUAGGUUUGGUGUCUGCCAUGACCUCGUCCCGCUGUGGGGCACAACGGAGCAGCAGCUGUAGGGAAAGGAGCCCCACAGCCCCACUGCUGGGAGCAGGUACAAGAGCUGAGCUGUGGCUGGUCUUCCUCGRGCCCCUGGGGACUUYUAAUUGCUCUGCAUGUUGGUUCCUGCUGCUUCUCCUCUGUCCAAAACUGUGUUAAACUGUAAUAAUAAAAGUAGAAGCUGUC